AUGGACAGGGUGGGAGGUGUGGAAGAGGGUGUGGAAGAGGAUGGGAUCUUGAAGGCUGCAGCUGGAGCCCCCAUGCCUCUUCCCCUCUUGCUGCUGCUGUUGCUGCUGCUGCUGCCGCUGCCAAGCACUUCCCAGUCCAUCUGUGAGGUCUCUGAAGUGGCCAACCAGAGAGAAACGAACUGUGAGAAGCGGGGGCUGAAGGCACUGCCUCCAGACCUGUCAGCAGACACAUCUAUUCUCCUCCUGGGUGAGAACCCCCUGGGCACUUUCUCCGUGGCUUCUGUGGUACAUCUGACUCACCUUUCUCAGCUGUACCUGCGUGAAAGUCAGUUGACGAACCUGCAAACUGAUGGUACACUUCCACAGCUGAAGACCCUGGAUAUAUCCCAUAAUAAGCUGAAAAGCCUACCCUUGCUCGGAAGAUCUCUGCCAGCACUCAUAACCCUGGAUAUCUCCUUCAACCAGCUGGCUUCAUUGUCUCCCCGGGCUCUGGAUGGCCUGGGUCAACUCCAUGAGCUCUAUUUGCGUGGCAAUAAAUUGAAGACUCUGCCCCCUGGGCUCCUGGUGCCCACAUCCCAGUUGAAGAAGCUCGAUCUGGCUGAGAACAAGUUGCAAGAGCUGCCCCCUGGGCUCCUGGAUGGGCUGGGGGAACUGGACACACUCUACCUCCAAGGGAACUGGCUUCGUACAAUACCAAAGGGCUUCUUUGGACACCUCCUCCUGCCUUUUACUUUUCUCCACAGCAACCCCUGGUACUGUGACUGUGAAAUCCUCUACUUCAGACGCUGGCUGAAGGAUAAUGAAAAUAAUGUCUAUUUAUGGAAGGAGGGUGUGGAUGUCAAGGCUAUGACCCCAAAUGUGGGAAGUGUGCAAUGUGUCAAUUUGGCCAAAGUUCCUGUCUACGCAUACCCAGGGAAGGGCUGUCCCACUCUUGGUGAUGGGGAUGACACAGACGACUAUGAUAACUAUGACGAAGAGGACCAGGAAGAUGCUAAGGUACCUGUCACAAGGGCUGUGGUCAGGUUCUCCACUGACAGCAAAACUCAUACAACCCAGUGGGGCUUACUCCACUCAGCAUCUACUGCUUCCCUAUACAGACAAAAGCCAGACUUGACUUCAAUCCCAGAAUUUACUGAGAAACAGACCACAUUCCCACUAACCACUAAAUCCACUACAUUUGCUCAAACUCAAAAAUUUAGUGAACCCAUCAAAACCCAAGUUACCCCUGAGCCCACCACAACCCGCACCACGCCCAAGCCCACCACAACCCUCACCACGCCCAAGCUCACCACAACCCGUACCACCCCCAAACCCACUACAACCCUCACCACGCCCAAGCUCACCACAACCCGCACCACGCCUAAACCCACCACAACCCGCACCACGCCUACACCCACCACAACCCGCACCACGCCCAAGCCCACCACAACUCACACUACUCCUGAACCCACAGAAUCUACAACCCCAAUAUCCACCACUUUAGAACCAAUCAUACCAUCAACAGCCCCAAAGCCCUCAAUCCAAAUCAGUCCAGAAACUACAAGCUCAACUACUCUAGAGUCUUGUACAACCCAGGUCAUCUCAGAACCAACCACAACCUCCACACCUACCUCACUCCCAACCACCUUAGAACCUACCACAACACUUCUCUUUGAAUUUAUCAAUGUCUCGAAUGUCCGUGGGAUACGUCAAGGAAACUUGGGUUACUCUAGAAAUCAACCUUUAAAUGUAGAUGCUUGCUGUCUCUUCCCUCUGGGCUUCUAUAUCUUGAAUCUCCUUUGGCUCCUGUUGGCUUCUGUGAUCCUCAUCCUACUGCUUAUUUGGGUCUGGCAUGUGAAACCACAGGCCCUAGACUUCAGUCCAUUGAUUGCCCUGACCACCUCCAUUUAUUCUACACAUGUGGAGCUGCAGAGGGGAAGGCAAGUGACAGUACCCCGGGCCUGGCUGCUAUUUCUUGAAGGGUCACUCCCUAUUUUCCGCUCCAGCCUCUUUCUGUGGAUUCGGUCUAAUGGGCGUGUGGGGCCUCUAGUAGCAGGACGGAGGCCCUCAGCUCUGAGUGUGGGUCGUGGUCAGGACCUACUAGGAACAGUAGGUGUUAGGUACUCUGGCCACAGCCUCUAA